UCCGAAAAUAAGUCCAUAUCUACUUCCUCCAGUGCUUAACAACUACUGGUGAAUUCCACGACAGAGAAUAUUUAACAAGAUUGCAGUUAAGAGAUAUAUCAGCUGGCUUCGCAACAACUUGACCUUGAUAAUCAGCUGAGAUCCACGUGAUAAUCUGUCAAAGUGACACUCGCGGACUUUGUUUUGAUUCUUGUUUUUCUUUUUACACCUUAUUUAAAGCGAUUGGACAGAAUCUACGCGAAAAAGUCAAAUAUUUCAACCAUGACAUCGGAGCGCAGGCUUCUUCGUUUGGCGACUUACAUGUGCCCAAGUCUUCCAGUGGAGUAUUAUGAAUUCCUGGCCGACUAUCUUGAAACGGAACUCAAUCUGAGAACAGUACUCCUCUAUGACUCUCGGAGGCCGGGACCCGACAGCCAGCGAGGGGAUGAAGAAAGGAUUGACAUGGCCUUUGUACGAACUUCAACUUACAUAGAAAAGUUUCGGUCUUCCAACAAAUUCAAGUUGCUUCCUGCAAGUGCUGCGACAAAACACCCAGUGAGAGGAGAAGUCCACGGUUACUUUGCAGACAUCGUUGUUCAUAGGGAUGUCAGAAAUAGAGUUAAGGAAUUCCUAGAUCUGCGAGGUUGCAAGUAUGCAUAUGCGAGUGAAAAUUCUAUCAGCAGUGCCAGACAAGUUCUUCUUACCCUGAAGCAGAUGGGAGAAAAUGCGUCAUUCUUUUCUGAUAUUCAGGCAUCAGGUAACCAUAUGAAUUCGCUGGAGAUGGUAGUAGCAAAGAAAGCGGAGGCAGCGGCAGUGGAUUCCAUCGCCUUAACCAACUACCUGAACCGCUUUUAUUACCAAAAAGCAGAACUGCAUCUUCAGGAGUCAUGGGGACCUCUGCCUCCUCAUCCUAUACUGGUGAACACAAAUCUGCCAGAUGAAAUUCAGGGCCAGAUUGAAAGGGCUUUACUAGAAUUGCACAACAAAAGAAGGUGGGCAGAGCAGCUUGCCUCGUUUGGAGUCACAAGAUUUUGCAAGACGUCUUCUGAUAUUUACUUUGAGGCCGUGGAACUGAUGGAAAAUACCAAGUCUCUUUCACUAGGCAUUACCUAUUACUAGAAGUCUUCCAAUAGAAAUU